AUGGCCAGACGCUGCGGCUUGACGGGGGUCCGGGUCGGAGAAGCGGCCAACCCAGGGCCUCCUCAACCGGGCACACCGGUGGGCGGCGAGCGGCCACGACGCAUGGACUUGGAUCCCGCCCCCCGUGAGCGGUCCCCUGCUCGUGGAGCUCCUGCUCGUGUUUUUUGCCCAGUGCCUGCGUGCCCGUGCUCCAACACCAGCACUGCAAGAGGUUGGGGCUCCCACGCGAGCAUGCGGGCACACUUGGAUGAUCACGCCUCCGGCUCCUUGCAGGGCGGCAUCCCGAGCACCUACCUGACGGCCCACAACCUGGACCUUUGCAGUGUUUGUGGCCUCACGGUGGCCCAGCGGUCGAACGGCACCCAUCCCCGCUGCCGCCCCCAACAACGGCAGCACCUCCCCCAAGGGCAUGCCAACGAAAGCAGGGAGGGUGGCAGCAUGCCUGGGCCUUCCUUGCUGGACGUCUUCUCGGCUCCCGGGCCGGUGCUGAGGCGUGUGCCUAAGGGAGCCCGCGGUGCUUGGGCCCAAUGCCUGGCCAGAUCCCUUGCCACAGUUGCAGAUCGCAAUUCGAUGACUGCAUGGGCUGAGCUUUGCAUGCUGCCUAAAGCCGUCCUGCGGCCUCCGCCACGGGGAGGGGCCCACCGUCGACUACAAACCUGUGCCUUCACCCAGCGUCGCUGCGCUCGCUGGCUCGAAGGAGAACGGCACGAGCUUUGGGAAAUCAACCGGCGGGGGGCCGCCCGUCGCUUUCGCCCCAGCAGUGCGGACAGCGAUGAUGACACUGAUGAGUCCCUCGACACUGGGCGGCAAGCCCGUUGCAUGGCCUUGGCUGCAGAGGGGGAACUUUCUCGGGCUUGCGCUUCGCUUGUUGACCCGCUUCUUCUGGAAAAGAAUGCUGUUGUCCUUGCAGCUCUCCGGGCGAAACACCCCACCGCCGCCCCAGCGCGGCCAAGUUUGCUUGGAUCUGGGCCUUGCCCCGCCGGAUCCACCCCGGACUUUUCCGUCGAAGAUGUCGUCAGGGCUGCCCGCAGCUUUCGCUGUGGUAGCGCUGCCGGCCCGUCUGGCCUUCGUGGGGAACACUUGCGGGAGGCCUUGGACAGCGCCCAUGACGAUGAAGUUGCAGCCCACCUCACCCGAGUUGCGCAGCUGCUGGCGCGCGGAGAAGCCCCCCUAGAGUUGGCCCAGCACCUCGCCGGCGCCACUCUGCACGCCCUGCCCAAAGGGGCCGACGAUAUUGGCGUGGCGGUCCCACUUGGGUCUGAAGCAGCGGUGCAUUGCUCCCGGCACUGGGUCCAUGCCAACCGUAGCAACCCCAACAAAGUUUUCCUGAAGUUGGAUUUUGCGAAUGCUUUCAACACGGUGGACCGUGCAGCCUUGUUGAGGGAGGUGCGCCUCCGGCUCCCGGCCCUUUCCCCGUGGGCAGAGUGGUGCUACAGCCAUCACACAAAGCUGCUCUUCCAAGGAGAGGUUCUCACUUCAGAGGCCGGCGUGCAGCAAGGAGAUCCACUUGGCCCCCUUUUGUUUGCUUUAGCACUCCAGCCAGCUCUGUCAGCUGCCGGCCGGGGUCAGCUUGACCUUUGCUUUGCUUACUUGGAUGAUGUUUGCCUUGCAGGUGACUGCGCGGCUGUCAGUGCUGCUGUGGGCCGGUUGGUGAACGCGGCGCGCCAGCUUGGGCUCCAGCUUAACGCCAGCAAGUGCGAGCUCACGACCCUGAAUGGCCCUCAGACCAACCUGGAUCCCAGCCUUUUCCCAGCCGGUUUCCAAGUUAACGAUACCGGAGAAUUUGUGCUUCUUGGGGCCGCGGUCGGGAGCCCCGGCUUUUGCCACCAGCACACUUUGCAACGGGCAGAGAAAACCAAGCCCCUCCUGCAAGCUCUGAGCAAAUUAGCCGACAGUCAGACCGCGCUGCUGCUGCUACGACAUUGUGCUUCGCGGUCGAAAUUGGUCUAUUCCUGCCGGGUCACCCCGCCGCCUUUUCACCAGGAUGCCUUGCAGAGCUACGACGCUGCGGUUCUUCAGUGUCUUGAACUUUGCUGCUCGGGGCCGCUCACCCCGUCAGCCUGCAUACAAGCAUCCUUAUCCACGAAAACUGGUGGCCUUGGCCUCCGAAGCGUGGUUCGUCACAGUGGGGCAGCUUACACUGCCUCUGUCCUGGCCACGCUUGGGACCUGCUCCCUGACCCUUCAGCAAUACAGCCCAAGCUUGGACGCCAUCAUCUCCAACUUGAAUGGAACGUUGCUUGCUGCUGACCAUGUUCCUUUCCCACCGCCGCCUUCCCUUCGACAACAGGAUUUGUCACGGGCGGUGGAUCGGAACACGGCGGUGCAGCUUGCUUCUGCCUUAUCUGGGCCUGGGCAUGAAGCUGCGCGAGCACACCUUCAACUUUUACAAGAACCAGGGGCUGGCGCGUGGCUGCAGGCGUUGCCCUGUGCCGCGCUCGGGCUUCACGUGGACAGUGCGCUGUUCCGCAUCAUGGUUCCCCUCCGGCUUCGGCUCCAACUGCAUUCAGAAGAUGCGCCUUGCCGCUUCUGUGAUGGAGUCUGUGACACUUAUGGGGACCAUGCACGAGUGUGCCCCUGCGGAGGUGACCGCACCAAGAGGCACAACCGACUUCGCACAGUAGUGGCUACUUGGGCAGAAGCCGCGGGCUUACAUCCGGAAAUCGAAAAGCCUGGGCUUCUCCCCGCCCGGUGUGAACACAAUGGAGCUUCUGAGGAUGGCACUCGGCAGGGGAACGGCCGCCGCCCUGCAGAUGUGUACAUCCCGCACUGGGGCCUUCGCGGGCCGGCUGCCUUUGACCUGGCCGUCACUUCUGGGCUACGUACUGGUGCAACAGCUGGCUCUGCUCAAGAGGGCGGACGUUCAGCAGCAGAUUACGAGGCGCGCAAGCGUGCUCACCAGCAGACCGAGGCAUCCUGUGACGCGGCGGGGAUCCAGUUUGUUCCACUUGUUGCUGAAGCAUGUGCUGGAGGAUGGGCGCCCACUGCUGUCGCCGCCUGGAAACAAGUGGCUCGUGCCGUGGCCGGCCGCGCUGGCGACAGUGCCUCGGUUCUUGUCGACCGACUUCAGCAGUCCCUGUCGUUGACCUUGCAAAGGGAAAAUGCUCGCGCGAUUCUUCGCCGCGCCGGCGACAACCCUUCUGCAGGGGCUUUGCAUUUCGACACUCCUUGA